AUGCCAGACUGGAAGAGCCCUUCGGAGCUUACACGGGAUUCUCUGCUCUUAGUCAAGCUUCUGCACGCAUGUUUAGGCUGGGCGAUAUGGGAAUACGUUUCCCAUUUCCACUACGAAUGGGACGUCUAUAGGGGUAAUAGGCGGUAUCGAUGGACAAUAUGGGUAUACACCAGCUGCAGGUUGGCCAUGCUCUCCACGUUCACGUUCCACGCGAUCGCUAUCAAUGGCGGGACAUGGCGCCAUUGUACGACGCUUUUUAUGGCUGGUAUGGCAUCGGCCUACGUAGCCAUCAGUCUCGCGUCUCUCCUCAUUGUUCUGCGCAUCACUGCAGUUUGGGAGAAAAAACCCGUCGUGGUGACCGUUUCUUACAUCGCUUGGUUGACGUGCCUAGCACUGAAUGUGUAUAAUGUUACCACGCUUCGAGCCGCAUAUGAUGGAAGCUCUCGCGGAUGUCUACCUUACGACACCAAGAGCUUUGUAUUUAACUCGAUCGGUAUACUGGCGUCGGACACCGUGCUACUGGUUCUGAUGCUCGCUGGUAUACUACGCGUGCGUCGCAACGCAGUCAAGAAUGGCAUAUCUCGCGUUCUCUACCGUCAAGGGGUUGUUUGGCUAAUUGUGGCCAUACUUGUGGAGGUUCCUGCUGUGGCAUUUGCGUUAUUGGAACUGAACGAUCCGCUUACAGUCAUGUUUCAGCCUGUUGAAUUGGUAUCUCUGGUGAUAUGUGCGGGCCACAUGUAUCGCGGCUUGCUGGAGUACGUGUACAAGCCAGACACAAACUUAUCACUCGGAAACGGGAAUUCAACACACCUCCUUGUUCGAUCCGCAAAUACCGCAAUGUCGUCCAACCCGGUCUCAGGACCGGGGAGUUCAACACAAUCUUCGGCUGGCCCCCCAGGCGGUGAUGUAAUGGGCACCAAAGGGUCAAAUGCAGCACCGGGAUACACCAUGCAGGUGUUAUGA